UUUAUAAUGUGCGGAUUGCCUAAAAAGGGGUGCACAUCCUAAGCUUGGUGAGCUGAAGACUAUUGCUGACAAGACUAGCCAUAGACUAAGCCACAGACAAAGCCAUCCAGUAGCCGUUCUAGACUGUUGCUGCGCCCCGCAUUAGUCCAUGAUAUCGAGUUGGGUUUGACCCCUCCUCUAUUGACCUUUGGCUGCAAAACGCGCAGAGUAGCCUGACAACAACACGCUUAUUAUAACAUAGGCGUCGGAAUGGACGGAAUUGCAGCGAUAGGUUUAACGGCAAAUAUCCUGCAAUUCGUAGACUACGGUGCUCGUAUUGUUAAGCGUGCGACCGAAAUAUACCGGAGCGAUGAUGGCAAACCACUCGAGAAUGGUGAAUUGGAGGAUGCACUGAUCGACUUGGAAUGGAUGGGUCAAAAGCUCAAGUCGAACGAGAAACACGCCAGUUCAGCAAAUAUGGGCCUAAUAAAGCUCACAGAGGCGUGUCUAACUCUUUCGAACGAACUAAAAUCAAUGCUUCGGGAUCUUAAACUCAAGAGAACCAGGCAUCGGGUCUUUUGGAGUUUCGUUCAGGCUCUAAGAAUCGACAGAAAAGUUUUAGACAUGAGAGAACUAGAAAGCAGAAUAUUCAAGCUGCGCGAUCAAAUUUGCGCUCACAUGAUCAUCACCCUUAGCGAAAAGGCAAACAGUCAUGCGUCGUCAAGUGAUAUUCUCCACACCAACCAAAAGAUUGACGAUUUGGCAAAUCAAAUGAUGCAGAUACUCAAGGACCGAUCAUGGAAAGAAGAUGGUUCCACUGCGUUCGCGGACUUGGCUGCUAGGUGGGAACUGUUUCUGAAAGCGAAUCAAGACCAGGCCAAGAUCAGAAGAGUUAUCAAGAGUCUGCACUUCCCCAGAAUUACCGAACGCAAAUCAAUCAUCCCUGUAGCUCAUCAAAAGACGUUUGAAUGGGUCUUGUCACCCGACAACUUGGUCAAUUUCGCAUCUUGGCUCCAGUGUCCCGUUACGGCCAACUACGUGAACCAACCAUAUUGGAUCAGCGGAAAAGCUGGCUCUGGCAAGUCAACGCUCAUGAAAUACUUGGCAUCUCAUGAGAAAACAAAGUCAAUGCUUCAAGCAUGGGCACAUGGCCAUCGCCUCAUGAUCGCCUCACAUUUCUUCUGGAGCAGUGGUACAGCUAUGCAAAAAUCACAAGAGGGUCUUUUCAGAACUUUGCUAGCAAGCAUAUUCUUACAGGCCCCUGAGCUGGUGCCAAUCUUUUGUCCUCAUCGGUGUACUGAUCUCGGUCACUUAGAGCCUUGGACGCUUGAAGAACUGGCGUCUUGCAUGGAAAAGGUCGUCUCUUCUGAAGACUUGCCUAUUCGCCUAUGCCUCUUCAUCGAUGGAUUGGAUGAAUACCAAGGUGACCAUUCUCAAUUUAUCAGUUAUCUCAUGAAUAUCUGUCGAUCGUCAUAUAUCAAAAUCUGUGUAGCUUCCCGGCCGUGGAUAGACUUUCUAGUUCCCUUUGAGGACAGCCCUUGGAAGCUAUUCAUGCAAGACCUUACGAUUAACGACAUAGAGCUGUACGUCCGUGAUUUAUUAGACGGAAACCUUUAUUAUCAGAGACUAAAGGCUAGGGAUGAGAUCGAAACUGAGAAGUUAAUAGCCGGGGUGACUAGUAAAGCGCAAGGGGUCUUUCUCUGGGUAGAUCUUGUUCUUAGAUCCCUCCUCCGCGGUCUGAAUAACGGCGAUGGAAUAGGCAUCUUGAAUCGGCGGCUCAGUUUGCUACCGUCUGAUCUAGAAAGAUACUUCGAACUGAUGCUCAACAACAUCGAAGAAGUAUACAGAGAGAACACAGCACGAAUCUUUUUGGUAAUGGUUCAAGCGCAGGAAACAUUGCCUGUGCUUAUGAUCUCAUUCUUAGAUGAGGAGGAUCUGGAUCCACAUUAUGCCCUUGUGAUGCAAAACGGAGUCUUAACAGAAGAUACUAUCACUAUUCUAUUGCAUGAAAAGAGGCACCAGCUGAUUGCACAGUGCAAAGACUUGAUCUAUGUGCAACAGCAUCACGAUGAGCCAGAGUUUUGGUGUUACGAGGUGGGCUUCUUACACAGGACAGUGGCGGACUAUUUCAGGACGAAGGCAAUGGAUAAGUUGCUAAGCAACCAAGCUGGCAGUGACUUCGAUCCUAGAAGGUCCUUAUGUAGAGCCGGCCUUGCCCAGUUGAAAACGAUGACUCGCUGGCGAGGCACAACGGAUGCCGACUUUGAUAGGAUUGAGAUCGUCUACGAACAGGUUCGGGAAUCUGCACAGCAGUAUGAGGUCACAAAUGGAGUUCCACUAGCGGAAUUCCACGAAUCUAAGAAGACUAUAGAAAGGGGUUUUCCGACAUUUAGAAGAGCGGGGCGAGAUUUGCUGGCUUCCCACAAAUAGCUGUGUUGUAUUAUAACGCACGUACUGUGGUGAAGCAUUCUAGACCUAUGCGUUCGCUUACCGAGGCAUAUCAGGAUAUUCAUAACAUAUGAGAUGACACAUGUACAUUUAGCAGAAUAGGCUA